AUGGAUCGCCGAGCAAAGGAACUACUGAAAACCACCACAGUUCGAGUCGAAGGUGGUUACGAAACGGGUCUCCUUUGGAAAAAGGAUGACUUCCAGUUCCCGGACAGCAAGAGAAUGGCAAUCAAGCGUCUUGACCACCUAGAACGCCGUCUAAAAAAGAAUCCAGUCAUCGAGCAAAAUGUGAGGUUGCAGAUAGAAGAAUACCAAAGGAAGGGUUAUGCCCACAAAGCUUCACUUGUCGAGUUGGCAAAGGCAGACCCACGGAAGGUUUGGUAUUUGCCUCUGAAUUACGUUCUUCACCCGAAAAAGCCGAACAAGGUCCGGCUUGUCUGGGACGCUGCUGCCCAAGUAGACGGUGUCUCACUAAAUUCAAUGCUUCUCACCGGUCCCGAUUUUCUAACAUCCCUGACAGCGGUGAUUCAACGGUUCCGUGAGCGACUGGUGGCUUUUGGAGCCGAUAUAUGUGAGAUGUUUCACCAAAUUUGGAUGAGGGAGGUUGACAAACAUGCCCUGCGUUUCCUUUUCCGAACCGAUCCAUCAGCCAAAGAUCCGGACGUAUUCUUGAUGGACGUAAUGACGUUUGGCGCGGCGUGCUCUCCAGCGUCUGCACAAUACAUAAAAAAUUUAAAUGCUGCGCAGUUUUCCGAACGAUUUCCAGAAGCGGUGAAGGCGAUAAUCCGUCGCCAUUAUGUCGACGAUUACCUGGACAGUGCGGAUAGCGUUGACGAAGCGAUCGAGCGAGCGAAGCAGGUCAGAUACAUCCACUCUCAGGCGGGAUUUGAGCUACACCACUGGGUUUCAAACUCGGAUGCGUGCCUCGCUGAUCUUGGGGAAUCCGAGGUUGAAGAAAGGAUCCCGUUACACGACAGCAAGGAUAGCAAGACGGCCAGGGUUCUAGGCAUCAUCUGGUGUCCAAAGCAAGACGUGUUCACCUUUUCAACCUCUUUACGGGACGAUCUGAUUCCUUACCUGACCACACCGAAGCGACCAACAAAGCGCAUUGCGCUAAGCUGCAUCAUGUGCCUCUUCGACCCGAUAGGGUUGUUGGCGCCUUUCACAAUCCAGGGAAAAAUCCUGAUGCAAGACCUGUGGCGAGCGGGUUGCGAAUGGGAUCAGGAGAUGGAUGACCAGUCUUACGCCAAAUGGACGCAUUGGAGAUCCUUACUGCCGCAAAUCGAGAAGUUGAAAAUACCUCGAUGCUACCUGCGUGGUGCACCUCCUGAAACAUAUAGUUCCCUACAGCUCCAUGUGUUGGUAGAUGCGGGGGAAAAGGCAUAUGGUGCCGUUGCAUUUUUCCGUGUUACGACUCCAAAUGGAUCACGAUGUUCGUUAGUGAUGGCCAAAACCAAGGUAGCCCCUUUGAAGCCAUUAUCUAUUCCCCGUCUGGAGCUGCAGGCGGCCGUUUUGGGCGUACGGCUUCUCAACACCGUUGUUGCAAAUCACGAUGUGCAGAUAACAAAACGCGUGCUGUGGACCGACUCGAGAACGGUCCUGUCUUGGAUACGGUCGGAUCACCGAAACUACAAACCGUUUGUUGCGUUCCGGAUCGGGGAGAUUCUGCAAGAAACAGUAGUGGACGAGUGGCGCUGGGUACCAACCCGAUCUAACGUGGCAGAUAUGCUCACCAAGUGGGGCAACGGGCCGGUUUUGGACAACAACAGCGCCUGGUUCAAUGGCCCUGACUUUCUUCAGCUACCGGAGGAAUCAUGGCCUACACAAAAGCUUCCUCCAUCUAACACUACCGAAGAACUUCGAGCAUGUCACAUGUUCCACAAUGAUCAACUCUCCGAGCCGCUGAUAGAUGUCACUCGAAUUUCCCGUUGGAAUGUGGUUUUGCGCACAGUUUGCGUGAUUUUCCGCUUCAUUUCGAACUGCCGAAGACGAGUUCAAGGACGAACAGCUGAACCGAUUGAGGUUUCAGUUAAGCUGCAACGGAUUUCCCUGCGUGCGCCAGUAAAGACGGUCGUUCCACUGAAACAGGAGGAGUAUGAAAAAGCUGAGUUGGUGCUGUGGAGGUUGGCGCAACGUGAGUGCUUUCCCCACGAGAUUACGAUUCUUUCCAAAAACCAAGCGCAUCCGAAGUAG